UUGAUCUGGAGCCUCUCAUUCAUAAAAAAAAAAAAAAGUUCAUUCAUAAAACUGCACUAUUCUGCUGUGGCUGAGAGAAGACAACAGCUGCUGUGGAGGUGAAGCUGUGGAAGUGAGUGGGAAAGUCUGUGGAUGGGACGGUGCCAGGCUUAGCUGGAGGCGGACAAGCGGGACAAUCAUUGGGCACGCAGGAAAACAGCAGCCCGGUUUGGUGUUGAAGUCCUCUGAUUAUGAAAGAGCAAACCAGGUUAGGAUCACAGCCAGCGCUCUUUCCAGGUAUGCUGAAGCGUACUAAAUACAGCCGUCUGCGGAAUGAUUCACUGACAUCUUUGGAGGAUCACCCCCAAAGAAUGGUGCCCCUAAAGAGGGACCUGUGCUUAGACUCUGAGUUUGCUCCGCGUGGCUCUGGGACUCCCUCUCAUCAUGGGUCCACUCUAGGGGACUACGUUCCCCAUAUGAAGAGCAGCCAGCCUCAAAGUCCCACUUGUCUCCAAGGAGUACAACCAAACACAACCGGGGACAAACCAGCACCUGGACACUCAGACAAACCGCUGGAUGGGAGCUUCUCCAACUGCCUCAUUCAUCCUGCUCUGCUGUGUACGAAGCGACCCAUCACUCUGCACCGGGUGACCAGCCUCCCCUGUCCUUCCUGUUCUCAACACAGAGACCACAUGUGCUGUUUGAAGCCCUCCUCUGCUGCAGAUGACUGGACAGGCGUGAGGGCAAGCGACAGAGCAGCUCACCAUCACGUUAAGUACAUGGGCAGCGUGGAGGUGACCCAAUCCAUGAGAAUCCUUGACUUUGAAACAAGAAUGCAGGUCACACGUGAGGCAAUCAGCAGGCUUUGUGAGAAAACAGCAGUGAAAACGAAAAGGGCCGCGAGUAAGGGACCGUCUGCUGUUCUGGGUGAAAUUAACAUGCAGUUUUCUGGGACUAAAGCCAUCCUCACUGUCUCUACCAACAGUGUGACACUGAUGGCACCCUCAACGUUACAGAGAAUUGCUCACCACCCAAUGCAGGCCAUCUCAUUUGCCUCUGGAGGAGACCCCGACAUGACAGACUAUGUGGCUUAUGUUGCAAAGGACCUCUUCAAUAAGAGAGCCUGUCACAUUUUGGAGUGUCCCCAUGGUCGAGCCAGUGAAGUUCUCAACAGUAUCGGUCAGGCCUUUGAGGCUCGCUUCCGACAGCUUCUUAGCCAAACAUCAACUCUUCUCUCCACGAGAUCAGCUCUGAGGAUCUGUCCCAAGCGGUGCCCAGAGGAGACAUCAACAUGUCCGAAGGUCAAGCAGGACAGGGAUGUUAGUGAGCAACCGGAUUAUUACAAUGUCAACCCAGAAAAGGACCUACAUCUUUAUGGAAACGAGGCGCAGAAGGCUGAUAAGCAGGAGGUCAGCUCGUCUCCUGUUUCCCCGUAUGAGAACUGCACCGUCUUAGACGAAACUCCAGCGCCACCUGCAGCGGCCUCCCCACAGCCCGAGGUCAGGGCUGAGCAAUGGACUUCUCCAUUUAAUGGCAGAGACCGGAGCUUGGUCCAGAAAGAAGGCUGGUUCCAUGGCAGGUUGGGCAGAGAACAAGCAGAGUCACUUCUCACCUGCAGUGGGGAUUUCCUGGUCAGAGAGAGCAGCUCUGCUUCUGGCCAGUACGUACUCAGCGGCAUGGAGGGAGCCACCGUGCGACAUCUUCUGCUGGUUGACCCACAUGGUCAGGUUCGAACGCGUGACCUGGUGUUUCAAAGUGUCGGCCACCUGGUGCGGUUCCACAUGGAGAAGCAGCUGCCUAUCAUUUCUGGAAGCAGCGAGCUGUGUCUAAAGCAGCCGAUUCUGCAAACACACUAAAGGAAGAAGCAAGAGCUAAGCUGAGACCAUUAGGUUGAUUAUAAAGACAACAAACUCAUGGAUGCUUUUAAAACAUCUUCUCAGCACAGACUGGAAUAUUUUGAUGUAUUGAUUUCAACAUGACAUAAUUAUGUGGGGACACACUGCACUGAUUUUAACACUUUUUGCCCUUUGGAACAGCCCUUGUUGGUGGAACGAACUUUAGGUGGUCCCUAAAAAUGAAGGAAAGAUAUUUGGUCCUGUGAGAAUUAGGAAUAGAAUGUUCUGUUUUCAUAUGAUGUUUUUUUUUUCCACAGCUAGCUAUCUGAACCUUAAUCCAGCUGUUGUUUUGUUGGUUUGGACUUUAACUCAGCAAAGCAUCCAAAAACUUAAUUGUAAUUUUUUUUAAUCUUUUUAUAUUUUUCCUGCAUAAUGUUAGAAGUUAGUUAAGGUUAAUUAAAAGGUGCAAAUACCCCAGUUUGCUUUAAAUUGGCAAAGAACAAAAGGAGUUCCACAUUAUUGCAAUUAAUUAAUCAAUUAAACAAACUAAUAUUUUAAAGUCCAAUUCAGAAUUUUGUAAAGCUUAAUUCUAUAACAUAUGAUAAGUCAUAUGCAGCUAGAUCUGUUUUUUAUGGAAAUGCAUGUAAUAAAAUCCAAAAAAUAUUCAGUACAUUUUAUCUGUUGCUUUUAUUUUACUUUGAAUGCUUAGGUAAUAAAAAAUAAAGAAAAAGAUCAGCUUUAAUAGAAGUUACAGUUACAGUACUGUUGCACUGCAUUUGGUAAUUGUCCAUCUUAUUUGUAAGAGGUUUCUUUAACCCUCAUUUAGAAAAAUACGUUGGCUUUAAAACAGAAUGUUUAUACAAUGUUCUGUUGUUUGUUCCCCUAAACCAAUAAAUGAAAUAAAGAAGUUUAUAAAUUCCUUAAUAGAAACAAA